AUGAGCAACCUGCGUCUGUUACCACCCAAUCAGCAAGGACUUAUUUUCCCAACUGAAAUAGUGCCGCUAGUGCAGAGCCUUCGCCAACUCAGUCCACUUUUUCCAUGCUAUCCAGAACCGCUACCGUCGCCAUUCAGUUUGAUGAACAAUUCCGCAUCAUGCCCAUCCAGCCCAUUGUCAAACAUGGAGCCCAAUCAAGGUGUAAAAAGUCGCCCACGUGUUGCGAGUUUUGCUAUAGAAGACAUUCUGAAGCAGUCCCCUAAAGCAGUUACCACCGCUUCAGCUCUACCUAAUCCGCAAACGCCAACUUCUUCAACUGCGUCCACCCCGUCAGAUACUGCGGCCAGUUAUCAGGAUCUCGUUCCCACUACUUCUACUUCACAAGAAGGCUCGGACGAUGUUGACACAAUGGAACAGCCUUCGACCUUGAGUGGAACUUUACCAGUGAUCAAGCGGAAGUAUGUGACCCUUCCAGUACCCGAAGAACCUGAUUGCGAAGCAGUUUCAAGCUUUGUACAGGACAGAAUUAAGAUGACUGCUACCGAGAACACGAAGCCUUCAGUUGUUAUUCGCCAAAAUGGUAAGGCUGUGAACACCGUUGCCAAGUCAUCGUCUGAGCAAAAGGCGAAACUUUCUGAUGCUGGGCCAACAGGGACAUCGACUACCAAGUCACCUCGAAAGCUUGCCGAGCCAAUUGCGGGCACUAGAAUGGGUCCUAUUGGUCCCCUCAUGCUAUUCAGACGAAUGCGACUUUUCCCGUCUACUUACGCUGGAGCAGAGUUGCCAAGUAAACGAAAAACUCCUGGAGUAACUUCUCAGAAGACACCGCAAUCAGAAUCCGCUGAAAAUCGAAGCCCGCCGUCCAAGACACGUCGUCGAGUU